UGCUCUACACAGUCGUCACCCAUCACUUCGUAAAGAUAAGCCGUAUCUCGGCCAAUUUUUCGCAACCAUCCGAGCUCCCCCUCCCUCCCUACUAUUGCUUCUAGAUUUAAUUCCUUUUUCUUCCCUUGUCUUAUUAUUAUCCGUGUUUCCUGCUCACCAUGGCCGUUUCAUUUCGGAUCUCUAAAUGGCUAUUGUUCGCUACUCACGUGCUUUCCGUCGUGUUUCCGUGUGUCUGGAACACUUCUCUAUACGCUCAUCACAUGCCAGAGGACUCGCUCGAUCAAGAUGUGCAAGAGUGGGACACAGAGGAGGAAGAAAAUUCAAUCUCUGAAGAAAGAACGAGCAACUGCAGCCGAUGCAUCGAGAAAGAAGAGCGAAGAGCUAUGAGAAUUCAGACGAUCAAGAACCAGAUCUUGACACAGCUGGGAAUGAGAGAGGCUCCCAACGUCACUCAAAAAGAUCUCCCCCAUAUACCUCCGUUGGACAACCUGUUAGACAACUACAACAUGCAGUCGGAUUCACCGACUUUCACACCCGGUCCCGAAUACGGAGAUGAAGAUGAUUUUUAUAUCACUGCGGAAAAAGUUCUCGCCUUCGCUCAAACACCUCCGGAGCCAGUUGAUGUAGAUAGCGGAGAUAAGCAGCUCUAUUUCAAACUAUCGACAAGUUUACGAAACGCUCAAAUACAAAAUGCCCAUUUGUGGGUUUACAUUCGGCCAACUCGCCACGUACUUCAUAGGAACAUUACUUUAUAUGAAAUAAGUCGGUCAUCAUUUGGACAGGCUGAGUUUAUCCAGAUUAGAAAAAAAGGUUUAGAUAAAAAGAAUAAGCAUGGAAAUUGGUUGGUAUUUGAUGUGAAAAAAACAGUAACUAAUUGGCUUAAACACCCAAAAGAAAAUUUUGGAUUUGCUCUUCAUUCUUCUGGAUCAGACGUUCAAAGGUUGAUCGUAACACCAGAAGAAAACUAUACAGAAAAUAUGCCCUUCGUUGAAAUCAAGGUGGAGAAACAGAGGCACCGGCGAUCAAAGCGAAUGAUUGGCCUGAAUUGUGAAGAGAACGCUGAUGAAGUUCGAUGCUGUCGUUAUCCUCUAACAGUGGAUUUUGAGGAGUUUGGCUGGGAUUGGAUCAUUGCUCCGAAGAGGUACGAGGCAAACUAUUGCAGCGGGGAGUGUCCUUAUGUUUUCCUUCAAAAAUAUCCUCACACACAUCUUGUCCAGCAAGCCAAUCCUCAAGGUUCGGCUGGUCCUUGUUGUGCCCCAAGAAAGAUGUCUUCGAUAUCAAUGCUAUACUUUGAUGCUGACUUUAAUAUCAUAUAUGGCAUGUUACCCGGGAUGGUUGUGGAUCGAUGCGGAUGUUCAUAGUGAUAUCUACAUCGAUAUUAGUUAUACUUGUCUUUCGAAAGACUUCGAUGCCUGUUCACUCUGUGAUCUUUUUUCGCACACGAGGACUGUGGGAAAGGCUCUCUGUCACAAGCACAUGUGGGAAAGGUUUUAUGUCACAAGAGACCACCUAUUCAAUUACACUCAACAGUGCGCAACAAACCGACAUCGCUGCUGUGCAGUUAUUUAUUAUGUCAAACAGGGAUCUAAGUAGUUGCGUGAAGAAUGGAUACGAAACCACGACACGUUAGAAGUUCAUAACGUCAGAAUUAGUUAAUUCAAAGAUUGACUACUUUGAAAUACUUAUGUGACAAUUAGGAUUUAUUGACGUUUUUCUUCAAAUAGCACUGUACAUGUUUUAUCCAAGAUUGCAAGGUUAUUAGCUGUUAUCUCUGUAUUUUUUAGAAAGAAUAGUUAUUUUGGACAUUAGAACAAUUGUGAUGAUCUAUACCAAACACAAGAUGAAUUGAAAAAUGAAAUUAGCGUCUAGUUUGUUGACUUUCAUUUCAUGUGAGUGAAAGCUUAAUUUAAGUUUAAUAUGUGCGGUUUAUUUAUUUUUUUCAAACGUUGUUUUAUUUAAUUUUUUUAUUUAAUUUUUUUAUUAAAGUUUCGCCCGGAAUUAUUAGGAAAGUUUAUUAUAGAGAGUGAUAUUAAAUAAAAUUUUAUCUGAAUUGUUUUUGAAAAAUACCUAAUUGUCUUCUUACGUUAAUAUGUGUUUAUUAAUCCUUGUAGUGUGUAUUUCUUAAAAGAUAAUAUGUUUUGUAUUAUAUUGUUUCAAUCUUAUCGUAUAGUAUCAUAUUUUAAUCUCAUUUUGGAGUAUUAUAUUUUAAUUUCGUAUGACUGGCCAUCUAAAAGUUAAUUUAUGUUACUUAACUUGGCGAAACUGUUUUUCAGCUAAUCAAAAUCUAAGGAGAGAAAUAUCUUUGUAGGUAUAACAACCAAGUUCACUUACGGUUACCUGAAAAGAAUGCUAAUUUGUUUUUUAUUAAUGUUUUGUUUGGUUUUUUAACGCAAGCAUAUAGUUGCUAUUUUAAUCAUUUUUUCCAAGCAAAAAAGUUGUUGAUUUUUUUCCCUCUAAUACGAUCAAUAUUUUGUAUUGCGUAAUAACGCAGCUUAAGGUACUUACCUACUUUCUAUCAACCAUGAAAGUUGACAGAAAUCCCACCAAGCUUGUGCCCAUCAUUCCGGCGGAACUUUGAAGGAACAUAUAAUUUUUUAUAUAGUUAGGUAAUCAACAGAUACAAAUCACGGAUAUAGCAUGUAAAAAAUUAAGUAACAAUGAGCUCAAAUUUUUGACGUUCAUUCCAGCGAAAGAAAUAAAGGCCCUUGUCAUGCCCAUUAACGCACAUUUUUUUUAAUUCCCAAAGCUUUGAAAAUACUCCACUGCAUGCAGUUACGUUGAAGUCUAGUUCCAAAUU